GGGCUGGCCUAACAUAAACAUUGCUAGAAAACAAACGCUACAAACGCCGGAUCUCUUCUAAUAUGAAUUUAUAUCAUCCUACGGACCACGUAUAUUUACCAAAAGUAUAACAUAACCUACAAAUUGAUGUGAGAAACUCGGAAAGGCUCGAAAGUGAUGAAGAGGUGUCCAACAUGUCGUUUUUUGUAAACGAGUGCUUCAUCUGCGAAGCUACAGACUCUGUAACACCAUGCAAUCGCUGCUUUAUGAUCUUAUAUUGCGGACCGGAUCAUCAAAAAGAAGAUUGGCCUAUGCAUAAGGAGUUUUGUGACGCAAUAUGGUCCGUAAUGAGAGAAAAGAAAGUAGCUCAUAUUUACGAAUCACUGUCUGGUGUAGACUUGGACACUUGGAUAAAAGAGAGAAAGAAAAUGUGCUGGGCAGUCAAAUCAAAACUUCGACGAGAUCUUCUUCUCCAAGAAGAACAAAUGCUUUUAAUGCCACGAUCUUGUUUCGUUUGUCACGACACCAGACAAGACUUCUUGACAACUUGCACCUCCUGUUUCUGUGCAAACUUUUGUGCAAAACAUCCUUCAAGUUCCGAACACGAAAAAGACUGUCAUUCAUUAAAACUCUUUCGCGAAUUCGAUGGAAAGAUGCAGGAUCCAGCUAAAUUAAGAACCAUUUUCACACUGAUUGAGAACAUUUCGGACACUGCAAGAUUCGAGGAUUCUUCUGAAGUACCUCAUUCCAUGAAGGAAUUCUUGGAUCAACAAAUUAAAGGGGAAGACUAUCGUCUCGAACAGGCUUGUGCCUCGAAUAUUCUCAGCAUGUCAUUGACUCUCUUCAACGCCAUGAAAAAACUCAAUUUGCAAUCCGCUUCUGAAAUUCUUUUGCACAUCCGCUGUGAUGUGACCGACAGUGACAUCUGGGAACUUCUCUUGCACUUUCUACCAAAUUUAAAAGUCCUUAACAUUGUUUUCAUCGAGCAAAGAGAAUCUCAAAAGCUGACAGCAAAACUUUGCGAUGAUUGUGUUUCUAAAAAGAAAAGGAUUAUUAUUGAGACGAACGAGCUUGUCUACAAGAAUUAUUUAAAAGUCAGAAUCUACAAGAAACCGGACAUCUUUGCAUAUCUAAACGCCGAGAUUUCAAAGAACGACGAUGUCAAUGUGGAGUGGAAAUUCCUUUUAGAAAAUUUGAGUCGAAUCGGUGUUCCUGUUGUGUUGACAUCCGUUACAGAAACGAUGGCCAAAGUGUUGGCUAAGAGUUUGAAAUCAACUUUCUGGCCUUCCUUGAUCUGCUAUGAGGGACCCAAUGACUUCGGGGCUUUAGAACCAUUGAGAGAGUGGUCAGAUGGUGGCGUUAGUAGAAUAAAUCAGCGUUUAAUCAUUACCAAAGGCCGAACCACUCUAUGCAAGGCUGGUUUUUUCCAGAAUUGUUCUUGGCUCACAAAGAAGAGACGAGAAGAUUCAAGAAGUCCUCUAGUAUAUUUCUACCCAAACGUUUGUAUAGUUUGUCGUUCUCAGGAUAUAUCAACUUUCUGCAAGUUCUGCAAUAUGAUUUUCUACUGUUCUGAGCCACACCGAAAAGAAGAUUGGAGUAAACAUAAAGAGACGUGUCAAGCGAUUCAACGAUUGCUGAAACAAUCUGGAAUGAAGAGUAUUUUCGAUGGUGAAAUCGAUUUAAUGGGAAGUAAAAAAACAGAUCCUGAAUCAUGGCUUCGAGCGAAGUUGAAUAUCAUAUCGAAAGCAGAGUCGCAACUUGGAAAGAAACUUUGGAUAUAUCAACAACAGAUGUUUCUCUUCCCGAAAACCUGUUUUGUUUGCCACGAGGGCGAAUUUAGUAAAUUAAAAGGCUGUGAAUGUGGAAUACAUCUUUGUAAAAGGCACAAUGAUUCUCCGCAUCAUAAAGAAAUAUGCGAUGAUUUUCAACUGAGCUUGCAGCUCUUUGAAAAGGAAAAACUGCCAAAUCCACUACCAAAGUAUAAGUAUGUGCCAGGUGUGAAGGAAAAUUUACCGGGUUCAAUAGAAGAGUUUAUAGAUUUGCAUCUUGAACUGGAGAGUGAAGAUGCAGUAGACAAAAAUCUUAAUUACAAUCGUGUUGUAAUUGGAGAACUACUUACAAAGCCUUUGACCUUGCUUUAUGCGAUACAAAAACUAAUGAUUCCAAAGUUUAGAAAUGAACGUGAUAUAGAAAAUAAUUCUACGCUUGUGGUUCACGUUAUAGGGUCGAAGAACGCAGCUAAUGUUUACUAUGAAUUCUGGGGUGUUUUCUUUAACUGGAUGGAAAAUUUGAAGACAUUGAAUAUCAGUUUCGUCGGGCCGGAAACUACGAAUCUGAAUUUAAAUCGCACUUUCCCCGAAGUAAAAGAAAAAAAUCUGAGCAUCAAGUCGUAUCCGCUAGACUAUGAGCAAUUUGUUCAAAGCAGUAUCUUUGUGAAACCGGACAUUGUUGUUGGAUAUAAUUUGGAUAUCCACGAAUGCGAAAUAGAGAAGUGCAGCUGCAGAGAAAAUAUAUUGACGAUCAGAAAACUAAAUGUUCCCUUUGUAAUGACUUCUGGAUCAAAAGAACGAGCUGAAAAAGAUCACGAGAGGGUUUCUAAGCUUUUGGAAAGUUCCGUUGUCUACGAUUUUUGCGAUUUAAAUCCUUUUGUCUCUUUAGUGCCGGAGAGAGAUUUUGAAACUGAAGGCCUGCGUUUUUCGAAUAAAUAUCUUCUUAUGUACUGUAACUUCGACCAGCCAGAUGUUCAAAAUUCUAAGUUGAGGAAAUAUCUUCUUGAGAGUUUAGAAGCAAAGAGAUUGGCUGAUGAUUCUCAUCUUUCGGACUUGGAAAAAGCGUUAAGGGCCAUAAAAAUUGAGAGUCCGCUAAUAUCUAGCAUUGAAACUGCAGAAUCUGAGGGAAAGGCUCCUAUUAGCAGAAACAAUUAUUUGUUUGAUGCUGCAAAAGAUGAAUUGCGAUAUAUGAUGCGAAAAAUGAGACGUCCUAAAUCAGUUGGUUGUAAAAAUUCAGGCUUAAGAACAGAUUUAGGAGCUAAAGAUGAUAAAUUGUCCACUGGUGAAUCUGAAUCCAAAUCAGAACCCAACUAUGCCAAGAACAAGAUUUCUGAGGAGAAUUUAUUGUUUAACAAUCUGGAUUCUGAACAGAAAUCAGAAUCUGAACCAGCCGUUGAGGAAACAUUCGAAAAGAAUGUUUUGACCGCUACUGAAGACUCUGAAAGCAAAUCAGAAAGUGGAUCUGCUACUCUACACUUAUUUAAGGAGAAUGUAUUUCCCAAAAGUCAAUAUUCUGAAUGCACACCAGAGUUGGGAACUAAAAAUAUCUGGAAUGAAUUGUUUGGGGACAAUAUACUGUCCAUUGAGGAUUCUGUAUCAGAAUUAGAAUCUGGAUAUGCUAAGGUUGAAAUUGCCAAGAAUUUGAAGUCUACUCCUGAGCAGGAUUUUGAAUCUAAAUCGGAAUUUGAAAAUAAGAACUUAUUGCCCACAACUGAAAAUCAUGUAUUCAAAUUAGAAUUGGAAUCUAUUAUGGAAAUCAAGAAUUUCGUGUUCAUCGAUGAUUAUUCCCAACCUGAAUCAGAAUCUGAAUCAACUAAAGAUUUAGUCGAACAAGAUUUAUUGCUGAAACUUACCACAAUAGAAGACUCUGCAAAUUUGUUGUCCACUGAAGAUUCUGAAUCGAAAUUAAAAUCUGAAUCUAUUAACGAUGAAAUUUUAAGAGAAGAUUUAUUCGCCACGAUUGAGAAUUCCGAAUCCAAUUUAGAGUCCGAAUUUAUGAAGGAAAUUUUGAAGGAGAAAUCACUGCUUUCUGCGGAAGAUGCUGAACACAAAUCGGAAUCUGAAUCCAUUAACCUGAAAAAGUCGGGGGAUUCAUUUACCAUUUUAAAUUCUGAAUUCAAGCCAGCAUCUGAAUUUGGUAACUUGGAAAUAUCGAAGAAUUUUUUGCCCAACGCCGAAGAUACUGAAGAUAAAUCAGAAUCUGGAUCAGUUGAGGAUUUAGUUAUUCAAACAUUAUUGCUGAAAUUGUCCACCGCUGAAGGUUUAGAAUAUAAUUCAGAAACGGGAUCCUCCAAGGAGAUUGAAGAAUCUAAACCCAAAUCAGAAUCCAUUAAUCUCCACAUUUCUGAAGAGGAUCCAUUGUCCACUAUUGAGACUUCUGAAUUUAAAUUAGAAACUGGUCCUCCUAUGGACGAAUCACACAAGGAAGAUGUAUUAAACACUGCAAAUUUGCAAUCAGAAUCUAGAUCUGCUGACACUACUAUAGAUUUAGAGGAGUAUCUAUUGUCAUUAACUGAGGAUCCUGCAUCAAAAUCGGAAUCUGGAUCUGCUAAGGUUGAAAUAGUUUCAGUUUCAAUCAGUGAGAAUUCGGUAGCUAAAACGGAUUUUGAUCAUAAUGAGGGUCUUGAAUCCAAAUCAGAAAUUAGAUCUGCGGACACCACUAUAGAUUUAGAGCAGUAUCUAUCAUCAUUAACGGAGGAUCUUGCAUCCAAAUCGGAAUCUGGCUCUGCUAAUAUUUCAAACAGUGAGGAUCCUACAUCCAAAUCGGAAUCUGCUAAUAUUGAAACAGUUUCAACUAGUAAUGAUAUUCCAUCCAAGUCUAAAUCUAAUAAUGUCGAAAUGGAUUUGAUCAGUGAGAAUUUUGCAGCUAAAUCAGAAUCUAAAUAUGAUAAGGAUAUUGAAUUCAAAUCAGAAUCUGCAUCUACAACUGGUGAAACAUUCAAGGAGCAUUUAUUAACAUCCACUGAGGAUUCUGUAUCAGAAUCUGGAUCUCUUGAUGACGACAGUUUGAAGAAAAAUCUAUUGUCUUCGCCUGAGGAUCCUGAAUCCAAAACAAAGUCCGAUUUUGCAAACGUCGUAAUAUUAACAGGUGAUUUAUUGUCUAUGAUUGAGGAUUCUGAAUCUAGAGAAUCCGGGUUUAUUCACGGCGAAACAUUAAAGAAUGAUUUGUUACCCAACACGGAAGAAUCUGAAAAAUCCGGAUCUGCUAACAACAUUCUAUUCAAAUCGGAAUCUGGAUCUCUUACGGAGGAAAUAUUGAAGGUGAAUUCACUGUCUACUGAGAAUUUUGAAUCUGUAGCAGAUUCUGUUUCUGUAUCUAAAUCAAAAUCUGGAGAUGAGAAGGAUGAAAUUUUCGUAAAGAGUGUUUUGCUUAUCCCUGAGCAGGAUUUGGAAUCGAAAUCUGAAUCUGGAACUGUUAACGGCAAUAUAUUGAAGGAUGAUUUUGAAUCUAAAGAAUCUGGUUUUACUUACGGCGAAACAUUAAAGAAUGAUUUAUUACCCAACACUGAAGAAUCUGAAAAAUCCGGAUCUGCUAAUAACAUUGUAUUCAAAUCGGAAUCUGGAUCUCUUACGGAGGAAAUAUUGAAGGUGAAUUCACUGUCUACUGAGAAUUUUGAAUCUGUAGCAGAUUCUGUUUCUGUAUCUAAAUCUAAAUCUGGAGAUGAGAAGGAUGAAAUUUUCGUAAAGAGUGUUUUGCUUAUCCCUGAGCAGGAUCUGGAAUCUGAACCUGGAACUGCUAACGGCAAUAUAUUGAAGGAUGAUUUUGAAUCUAAAGAAUCUGGAUUUGCUGACGACGAAAUAUUGAAAGAGGAUUUAUUGUCUACCUCUAAGGAUUCUGAAUCUAAAGAAUCUGGAUUUGCUGAUGACAAAAUAUUGAAGGAGGAUUUAUUUUCUACUUCAAAGAAUUCUGAAUCUAAAUCAGAAAAUGUACCUCACAAGGACAAAUUAUUCCAGGAGAAUUUAUUGCCUGCUGAAGAUUUUGAAUCAGAUUCGGGAUUGGCUAACAAUACUUUGGAAAAUUCUUCAUCCAAAUUAGAACCUGGACCUGCUAAUGUUCAAACAGCUUUCAUCAGUGAGAAUACUGAAGCCCAAUCAAAAUCGGGAUCUACAAAUGGUGAAACGUUGAAGGAGGAUUUAUUGUCUACCACUGAAAAUUCUGAACCUAAAUCAGAAUCUGGAUCAGUGGAUGACUUUCUCAUGAAAGAUGUCUUGUUCUUAAGGGACAAUGAGAAUUUCUUGUCAAAAAUUAAAAAUUCAGAAUCCAAAUCUGAUAACGUCAAAACACUGGAGGAUUUAUUAUCUAGUAGUGAAGAUUUUCAAUCCAAACCGGAAUCUGGCUCUCUUAUAGACACAAUAUUAAAAGAUGAUAUUUUCUUGCUGACUGAGGAUUCUAUAUGUAAAUCUGAAUUCGAAUUCGAAAUUGCUCUAGGCGAGAAUUUAUUGACGACUGAAGAGACUGAAACUAAAUCGGUAUCCAGCUCUGUGAACUUUGAAACAUGGAUGGACGAUUUAUUGUCUACUGGGGAGUUUGAAUCAAAAUUAGAAUCUGAAUCUCUUGAAGAGAAUUUAUUGCUCACUAAGAAUUCUGAAUCUAAAGCAGAAUUUGAUUCCGUUAAAGACGACAUUUCGAGAAAGAAUUUAUUGCCUUUGGAGGAGCUGGAUUUUGAAUCCAAAUCCGAAUCUGAAAGUGUUAAUAGCGAAGCAUUAAAGAACAAUUUCAUGCCUCCGAUUGCUAAUUCUGAAUGCAAAUCAGAAUGUGACUCCUCUAAGGACGAAUUAUUCAAGGAGAAUUUAUUGCCGAUGACUGAAGAUUUUGAAUCCACAUCAGAAUGUGGAGCUGCUGAUGAAAAAUUAAAGGACGAUUUAUUGCCGAUCAGUGGAGAUUCUGAGAAUUUCAAACUCAAGUCAGAAUCUGAGUCUACAAAAGAAAAUGAAGACUCUGAAUCCUUAUCAAAACCUGGAUCUGCUAUUCUCGAAUCCUUUGAAGAUAUGUUCCCCAAGGUAGAAGAUCCUGAAUCUGAAACAGAACUUGAAUCUGCUAAGGACAAAAUAUUCAAGGAGAUUUUAUUACCCGCGACUGAAGAUUUUCAAUCCAAAUCAGAACCUGGAACUGAUGAGAAAAAAUUGAUAGAAGAUUUAUUGUCGAAAACUGGUGACUCUGAAUGCGAUUCAGAAUCUGGACCUACGAAGAAGGAACUUUUCAUGGAAAAUUUGUUAUUAAAAGAAGAGAUUAUACGUCUAAAAGCAAAUGAGGAACUCGUCAAGUCUGAAAAUUCUCGUCUUAAAGAGGAACUAUGUCGCCUACGAAAAGUGUCAAAUUAAAUUUGGGUCUAUUUCCACAAAGCCUUUUUUGUUCCUUUUUGUAUUCACGAUAAAAACUGUAUAUUUGUCUCUAAUAUUGAGUAAAGUUAACCAAAGUCAUAUAUUUUAUAUACAAUUUUGUACCAAGUCUUAGAAUUCUAUGUUUUUUUUUAAAGGCUCUGUUGAGGAGAAUAAAAUGUUCCGUUAAGUGCAUAUAAUUUACUUACUUACCGAGCCUGAUUUAAUUUUAAUUGAGAGAAAAAGUUUUAUAACUUUUGAAAUAAUAAUAAGAACGGAAAAUAUACGUUUUGAAUUCAAAACUUUUUUGGGUGGAAUGUCAAUGUUUAAUGUAGUUCUUUUUUCUAACUACUCUUUAGAGUAUAUAAUUUCAAAAAAUUAUAUAUGGAUUUUAAAUUCUUAAUUAUUUUUUACCUAUAAUUUUCUUUAUAGUAGAAAUGUCAUUGAAGUUUAAGUAAUUCAAAACUUAGCGCCAAAAAUGUUGGCUUACUACAGGUAGAGUUGGGUCGCGGUAAUAUUCUCCGUAAUUUCAGCAGGAAAAGCACAGUCAUUACCGGUAACGUUUCUUUCGCUUUCGUUACCGCUCACAUUGCGAGCCAUCUGUAUGUUAAAAUGUGAAUGGAUGUGAAUUUCAAACUAUGUCGUAGUUGUUGGUCAGUUUCAUGGAGAAUAAACGUAUUAAUGCAAAUGGUUGAUUUCUAAACAGUAACAUGUGCUUUCAAAGACAAAGGAAAUGUUCCUAUAAAAAUAAUAAAGAUUAAAAUAGACUGAAUUUGAAUAGAAUUUCAAUAGACUGAAUUCGUAAAUUACUCUUUUAAUUAACGAGAAAAUUGGUGUAUUCGUUUAUUGUCUUCCAUAUCCUUACGCGUCUUUUA